AUGAAACCUCCCCUCGACCUGGCUUUCCUUUGCCUCCUGGUGCCCCUGGCUGGCGGGAACCUGGUCCAGUUUGGAGUGAUGAUUGAGAGGAUGACGGGAAAGCCUGCGCUGCAGUACAAUGACUAUGGCUGCUACUGUGGUAUUGGUGGCUCCAACUGGCCAGUGGACCAGACUGACUGGUGCUGCCACACCCAUGACUGCUGCUAUGACCGAGUGAAGAAGCUGGGCUGUGAGCCGAAGCUGGAAAGGUACCUCUUCUCUGUCAGUCGAGACAACAUCUUCUGUGCUGGUAGAACUACCUGCCAGCGGCAGACCUGUGAAUGUGACAAGAGGGCCGCGCUCUGCUUUCGCCACCACCUGGGGACUUAUAACCGGAAGUAUGCCCACUACCCCAACAAGCUGUGCACUGGGCCCACCCCACCCUGCUGA